GAGACGUGGACGAGCAAUCUUGAGGCUUUGCGCAUUUUUCGUUUCUUUUUUUGUGUUGCGUGGCUUGAUUCUCCCCUGCCUGCUGUCUGAUGGCAGCCCUCGGCUUUUGGCUGCUGUUCGGCCGAGAGAGGCCGGGAUACGGAUAUUUUUCUCAGGGCCCUUGCGUCAUACCUUUUUUUUACCCUUUGUCACUCUCCAGCGACCAGCUGCGCUCGCUCGACCAUGCGCGCCCUCUGACACGGAAAAGCAGUACUUUCCACCGGACCCAUGUAGCGACUACCGCCAGACGUCUCUAUAACGGAAAUGAAAGAUGCGGGCCUCUCUCCCGCCCUCGUCGAGACGGUCGCGGGGCUCUCGGCCGGGUCCAUGGCCACCCUGAUCGUGCACCCGCUCGACAUUGUCAAGACGCGCAUGCAGGUCCACCGCAGCGCCCUCUCCUCCUCCUCCUCUUCCUCCUCCCCCGCCGCUUCCCCAACAACCGUCUCCCUCAUCCGCGCCCUCGCCCGCACCGACCGGCCCGUCGCCGCCCUCUACCGCGGCCUGACCCCGAACCUGCUCGGCAACGCGACCAGCUGGGCCGCCUUCUUCUUCUUCAAGGCCCGCCUCGAGCGCGGGCUGGCCCACCUGCGCGCGGCCGCGCGCCACGCGCCGGACCCGGACCCGCGCUCCCCGGCCCAGGUCCGCCAGCGCCUCACGCCCGCCGACUUCUUCGCCGCCUCGCUCGCCGCCGGCGCCCUCACCCAGCUGAUCACCAACCCGAUCUGGGUGCUCAAGACCCGCAUGCUCGCCUCCGACCGCGCCGCCGCCGGCGCCUACCCCAGCAUGUGGUCCGGCGCCGUCCGGCUGUGGCGCGAGGAGGGACCGUGGGGGUUCUACAGGGGCUUGGGCGUCGGCAUGCUGGCCGUCAGUCAUGGGGCGGUGCAGUUCGCCGUGUACGACCCCGCGCGGAAGAUGUACCUCGCGUCGAAGAAGAGGCGCGGUCAGGGCGGCGUCGGAGGGGAAGAAGGGGUGGUGUCGAACGAGGCCACGCUGGUUCUGUCCACCGUGUCGAAGCUCGUGGCGGGCGCCGCGACGUAUCCGCUGCAGGUGCUGAGGAGCAGGUUGCAGCACCACGAUGCCGAGGAGCUCUUCGGGAAGGGCGUGUCCGGCGUGGUGAGGAAGCUGUGGAGGGAGGAAGGCGUGAGGGGCUUCUAUCGCGGCGUCGUGCCCGGCGUGGUGAGGGUGCUGCCGGCGACGUGGGUGACGUUCCUCGUGUACGAGAAUGUAAAGUACUAUCUGCCGCGGUUGGCGCGCGGCGGGAAGGACCAUGUUGUGGCAUAGAUCUAGACGGGGGACCGGCGUUGCAAGAGGCUCGAGGCGGAUAUCAUCUGGUUGGGUAGCACGGUUCGGCGU